AACCGCAUGGGGAAAAACCUGACCCAUAUGAUAACUUGAGAGUGAGUUUCCCUGAUCACAGUCACAGGUAGCUUUCGCACACCCCUUUUUUUGUGCGCAAACUGUUCCCGUUGGUCUCUUCCCUCUGCACUGCACUCUCCUCUUUCCAAUAACCCCACACUCACACUGUGCCAUCUCUCAUCGUCUUCACAAUCACCACCACCAACACAUUCCCAGAUGGCCUUGCAAACAGCUACUCCUCCAACUACUCCCAGUGCCCAAGUUGUUGGUAAUGCAUUUGUUGAGCAGUAUUACCAUAUUCUUCACCAUUCACCAGAUUUGGUCUAUCGGUUUUACCAGGACUCUAGUGUGAUAAGUCGUCCUGAUUCCAAUGGUGUGAUGACAUCAGUUACAACCAUGAAAGACAUUAAUGAGAAGAUUCUUUCACUAAAUUUCAAGGAAUUUAAAGCAGAGAUAAAGACUGCAGAUGCUCAAAAAUCACACAAGGAAGGAGUGACUGUACUGGUGACUGGAUGCUUAACUGGCAAGGAUAACAUGAGAAGAAAAUUUGCGCAGUCAUUUUUUCUUGCUCCACAAGACAAUGGCUAUUUUGUUCUGAAUGAUGUAUUUAGAUAUGUAGAAGACCAUGAACCAUCAGAACUACAUCCAUUUAAUGGAGAUGGUGAUGCAGCUGCUGUUACAGUAACCCCAGAACCAGAACCCAGUCAUGUAGCUGAUUCUUCUGCACCAGACCCUGCGAAUUCUCAUGUUAAUGAAGGUCAAAUUGUUGCCGAGCUUGUGUACGAGCCAUCUAAUCAUCAUGAGAGGCAAGUACUUGUUGAAAAUGAAGACAAUGUUGAAUCCCCUUUUCAGUCAAAUGGUAAUGACGAUUCUCAGGCCACAGAACUGGCUUCUUUAGCUCCUGAGGAUGCCCCAAAGAAGUCUUAUGCAUCAAUUGUGAAAGUCCAUAAAGGGAGUUUGGGACCAGCAAAAGUCUAUGUGCCUACUAAUACAAUAAAGCCAGGGCCUAACAAAACUGAGAGCCAGGUAGUUGAGACAGUAGAAGCUUCUGCAGUGCCUGAAGCAUCAGUGGAUAGUGUCAACCCUGAAAGUAGUGAUAUUCAAGAGGAAGUUGAGGGGCACUCCAUUUACAUUCGAAACUUGCCUUUAAAUGUGACGGUUGCUCAGUUGGAAGUAGAGUUUAAGAAAUUUGGACCCAUAAAGCCAGGAGGCAUCCAAGUCAGAAAUAAUAAGCAGCAGGGAUACUGUUUUGGCUUUGUUGAGUUCCUAUCUCUAAAUUCAAUGAAUAGUGCAAUUCAGGCUUCUCCUAUUACUGUUGGGGGGCGUCAAGCUGUAGUUGAGAUAAAGAGAACCACUACCCGAGUUGGCAGUGGCAGUACUGGAAGAGCUAGGAUCCCAUCCGGAAGGAGUGGAUUUCGAAAUGACUCUUUCAGGGGUCGUGGUAAUUAUGGUGGUGGUCGUGGCUAUGGUCGAAAUGAUUAUGGAAACCGUGGCGACUUUUCUGGUAGAGGUCGUGGUCCGGGCGGUCAUGGAGAAGGUUAUCACCAAGGUAGAGGGAGGGGUGGCCGGUCAAGUGCCCAGAAACAAAAUGUUUCCAACUGAAAUACUGGAUGGUUUUUGGGAGGUUGCUGUGAGACCCCAUUUUUUUUGGUUGGUUGCAAUCAUGGAAGUCUGCAGAAUUUUCUUGCCACCCUUUCAACCUUCCAGAGUUUCUCAUGUUACUUUCACUGCAUUUCAAAGGUUGUAGUAUUUCUAGUUAUUAUUGCUAUGAUUGUAGUGAUUUUAUUAGUGAUCAGGAAUAGGUAUACUUAUUUAAAAAUCAAAACAGAU